AAUGUCAAGCUGUCAGCUGAAGUAGAACCAUUUAUUCCUCAGAAGAAGGGUCCAGAAACACUAAUGAUCCCAAUGGCGCUUCCUAACGACAGUGGAGGAAUUAAUGGCAUGGAACCAACUCCUAUCCCUAGCUACCUGAUCACUUGCUAUCCAUUUGUACAGGAAAACCAAUCCAAUAGACAGUUUCCAUUAUAUAACAAUGACAUCAGAUGGCAGCAACCCAACCCAAAUCCUGCAGGACCAUACCUUGCUUAUCCUAUAAUAUCUGCGCAACCACCUGUUUCUACAGAAUACACGUAUUAUCAGCUGAUGCCAGCACCAUGUGCUCAGGUCAUGGGUUUCUAUCAUCCUUUCCCAUAUUCUGCACCCUUUCAAACAGCAAAUGCUGUAAACACAGUAACUACAGAAUGCACUGAGCGUCCCAACCCGUCGGGCCAGGUUUUUCCAUUAUCCAGUCAGCGGAGCAGAAGCAGUAACAGGGGACCAGUCAUACAAAAACAGCAGCAGUUACAGACGCAUAUAAAAAAUAAACGCCCUCCAGUGAAAAAUGUUGCCACUCAAAAGGAGACUAGUUCGUCAGGUCCUGAGAACAGAUCAAAGAUUGUUUUGUUGGUUGAUGCAUCACAGCAAACAGACUUUCCUUCAGAUAUAGCUAAUAAGUCACUUUCUGAGAGCACCUCUACAAUGCUUUGGAAAUCAAAAGGCAGGCGCAGAAGAGCUUCUCACCCUGCUGCAGAGUCCUCUAGUGAACAGGGUGCAAGUGAAGCAGACAUUGACAGUGACAGUGGCUAUUGUAGUCCUAAGCAUGGCAACAACCAGGCUGCAGCCAUGACUUCACGAAAUGCAGAUUCUUGUGCAAUGAAUGUUGUAGAACCAUCAGUAAAUACAACUGGUAUAAGUUGGACUAAUGUAAAUUCCCAGGCAACACAAAAAAAACCUUGGAUUGAAAAAACUCAGACAUUUUCUAGAGGUGGAAGGCAAGCUGAGCAAAGAAAUAGUUCACAGUCCGGUUUCAGAUGCAGAGAGCACAGUACAUCUUCAGAGAGAAGGCAGAAUUUGCAGAAACGACAUGAAAAACCUCUAACUACAAGCCAGUCAAGUAGAACAGAGCAGAGUCCUGAACCUCUGUAUUUUGAGGAUGAAGAUGAAUUUCCAGAGCUAAAUAGUGACAAUGGCAGCAGCAAAAGUAGUAACAUCCAGCAAAAGAUUUCACCCAAAGUAUUGGAUGACUUGCCAGAAAAUUCUCCAAUCAAUAUAGUCCAAACUCCAAUUCCCAUUACAACCUCUGUACCAAAGCGUGCAAAAAGUCAGAAGAAGAAGGCCUUGGCAGCAGCACUUGCAACAGCUCAAGAGUAUUCAGAGAUAAGCAUGGAACAGAAAAAACUCCAAGAGGCUUUAUCAAAAGCAGCUGGAAAGAAGAGCAAGACCCCUGUUCAGUUAGAUUUGGGUGACAUGUUAGCAGCUCUUGAAAAGCAGCAGCAAGCAAUGAAAGCUCGUCAGAUCACCAACACCAGGCCUCUCUCAUACACAGUUGGCAGUGCUGCUCCCUUUCAUACCAAAGAAUCUGCCAACAGAAAGUCCUUAACAAAGGGACAGCCAUCUAUGGGUUGCCUUAAUCCUUUGGAUUCAACUGCCCCAAAAGUGAAAAGAGGAAAAGAAAGAGAGAUUGCAAAACUGAAACGCCCUACAGCACUUAAAAAGAUUAUUUUGAAAGAGAGGGAAGAGAAGAAGGGCCGUUUAUCAGCUGACCAUAGUCUUUUGGGGUCUGACGAACAGAAAGAGGUUCAUAUAAACUUGACUGCUGAUCAGUCUCAGGAGCUGGCCUCACAGGAAGAAACUGGACUAAGUAUGCCUAGUGAUACUUCACUUUCGCCAGCAAGUCAGAAUUCUCCGUACUGCAUGACCCCAGUGUCACAAGGUUCACCUGCUAGUUCUGGAAUAGGUAGUCCGAUGGCAUCUUCUGCAAUAACCAAAAUCCACAGCAAGAGAUUUAGAGAAUACUGUAACCAAGUUCUAAGUAAAGAAAUAGAUGAAUGUGUGACCCUCUUACUGCAAGAGCUUGUCAGCUUCCAGGAACGGAUUUAUCAAAAGGAUCCCAUGAGAGCUAAAGCAAGAAGACGACUUGUUAUGGGAUUGCGCGAGGUUACUAAGCAUAUGAAACUAAACAAGAUUAAGUGUGUAAUCAUAUCUCCCAACUGCGAAAAAAUCCAGUCAAAAGGUGGACUAGAUGAGGCUCUAUACAAUGUAAUAGCCAUGGCACGGGAACAAGAAAUUCCUUUUGUCUUUGCUCUUGGACGUAAAGCUCUUGGCCGUUGUGUGAACAAGCUGGUUCCUGUUAGUGUAGUGGGUAUCUUCAACUACUCGGGUGCUGAGGACCUAUUUAAUAAGCUGGUAUCACUGACUGAAGAGGCCAGAAAAGCCUACAGAGAUAUGGUUGCUGCAAUGGAACAGGAACAGGCAGAAGAAGCCUUGAAGAAUGUCAAGAAGGCACCGCAUCACAUGGGCCAUUCUCGUAACCCCUCUGCAGCAAGUGCUAUCUCGUUCUGUAGUGUUAUUUCUGAACCCAUAUCUGAAGUGAAUGAGAAAGAAUAUGAAACAAACUGGAGAAAUAUGGUGGAAACAUCUGAUGGGUUAGAAACCUCUGAAAAUGAGAAAGAAUCCUCCUGUAAGACUGCAGUACCCGAAAAAGCUGGUAAUGGCCAAAUUGAAAAAGCCACUCUUAAUAAACCACCUCUGGCUACAACUGGCACUACCUCAACAACAAAUCAUGGAAAAUCCACAUCAGGAGACAAAGAUGAGGUGAAACCAGAUGACAAUCUGGAAUGGGCCUCACAGCAGAGUACAGAAACAGGAUCACUGGAUGGCAGCUGCCGAGAUCUUUUGAAUUCCUCCAUGACCAGUACCACCAGUACUCUUGUACCAGGAAUGCUAGAAGAGGAGGAGGAGGAGGAAGAAGAUGAUGAUGAGGAUUAUGCCCAUGAACCAAUUUCUGUAGAGGUUCAGCUUAAUAGCAGAAUUGAAUCUUGGGUUUCAGAGACCCAGAGAACUAUGGAGACUCUUCAGCUUGGGAAGACCCUUAGUGGUGCCGAAGAAGACAACGCAGAACAAAGUGAAGAGGAAGAAAUAGAGACUUCUGAGCAGGCUGAUCCAGUCACUGAUGGUGAGGAAUGGACAAAUGAUAAGCACGCAAGUAACACUCAACAUAAACCCACCAUCUGCAGUUCUUUGAAUAAAGAACACACAGAUUCCAUCUAUAUGCCGUAAAAAUAAGCAGGAACUCAGGAAGUUUUUAGAAAUUAUAUUAAAACUAACUGUUGUAAAGGUUGCAACCAUUAUUUCGUAUGCUUCAUCUCAACAUUUUGCACUGUUAAACAUUUGUGUAUUUAAUUCACAACAAUAUUUUUGUAGCUGUCUGUUACUUGUUUGAUUUAAAAACUAGCUUAGCUUUUAAUCAGUAUCUAUUUCCCGGAAUAGGAACUGUGUGGAAUAUUUGUCAGUAGGUAUUCACUUGAUCUUUUGUAAAAGGAAACAUCUUGUAAUUGACCAGUUUUAAGCAAAAUUCUUUUAAGAUGUGACUGCUUAGCUCAUUUUCAAACAUAUAACCUACAUUAAGACUGACCCAUUACCAACUCUUUACAUUGGUGUUAUGCCAGGCA